CGCAACCAAAGCUUUUGGUUCCGCUUUCGCUGGUGAAAAAAAAUCUUGGAUUUGUUGCUUGUUCUUAGCUGCGGCCGUGCGUGCUAUCUCGGACAUGAAAGCGCCGUUCGUCGUCCCUACAACGCAGGGGCUAAUCUCUGAAAGCGAUCUCCAGAGAUAAAGGAAUCGAGCCUGCCCUUCGUCGUCUUCCCCGUGCUCGCUCGAAUCGCCUCAGGCGAAAGCACACAGUCAUCAGCUGGGAGAUGCGGCGAUGAUCAUCAAGCGUCGUACGUCGCGUUGACUGGCACAGCUGCCGCCGUGUGUGGGUUGCCGUCGUGUUGCGAAGCUACCGCGAGGUUUGUUUUCGCCGUUUUGUGGGCGGUGCGGGUUUUCUUGUUCCGUCAUUCAUCGAAGUUACUACUACGCCGGUCCCCUAUUGCGAACGCGCCCGAACCGUCCGGCACUGGUCCGCCGUACAGGCCAUGCCAGCGGCAGGGACGCCUGAAUCGCACCUGUUGAGCUUCCGCGCCGUGUGUUGUGGACGGAUCGCGCUACCGGUCAAGCCGCGGACGCCAGCGGCAUGACGGCGUGCUGACGCUACCUGUCAAGGCGACACACAGCCUCCGUUGAAAGCCUGUGUUGUGUGUCGGCGUCCAGCAGAAAGCUGCCAUGGCGCACCGGCUGAGCCUGUCCAAGCUGACGGGCAAGCAGGCGACGUCGCCGCCCAUGCCCGUCAUGUCCUUCCGCUACAAUCCGUGCGACGAGGACAUCCAGGAGCUGCAGCCCAUUGGCUCUUCUUCCAAGGAAAGUGGCGCCACCCAGCCGCAGCUGCAGCAGCAGACCCAGGCGAGCAACAGCUCCGUUCCGGGAGCGUCGGCGCGGGUCGCGGAGCGCUCUGCCGUCAGCACGGGCUCCCGGGACUCCUCCGUGGAACGGAGGCACUCCGUCGGUCCAGCUCCAGAAAGGCGAGCGACCAGCGCACCGGACCUAGACGUCCUGGACCACCCGCUCGCGACACUCUCGAGGGGAGCCACGCCCGAGCCUCCUGAAGUCUCCAGUGGGACAGGCACAGCAGCGCACACGUCUGAGGUGGCAUCGCCAGUGGAACCGGAGCCCGCCAAAGUGGAGUCAUCGCCAGUCAAGGACUCCGUCAAGGACUACCUUUCCAAGUUCAGCAAGAAGGCCACCAUGUCGCAUUCCGCGGCCGAGGCCAACUUGCCAACCUCGCCUAGCGCGACCUCCAACAACACUGCCGCUGGCCCCAGCGACGGUCCGGACGGCUGGUUCACGGGCCUCAAGGGGCGCCUCACCAAGCGGCUGGAAGAAAAGCGACACGGCACGCGACUGCUACGCCGAGACGACGACUCGAAGUCGACGGCUGCGACAAGCGACGUCGCGGGCACGACGGCCGGCCCCACCGCCACCUCGAUUCUGCUCCACGACGACGAGACGGCAUCGGUCCGCACAACAGGACACGCGCUAGACGAGUGCAAGGAGGCGACGGAGAAGGGCGAAGACACGGGCACGACAAGGACGGGCAGUACCAGGGUCACCACUCAAUUCACGACGACUGGCGGCGAAGAGGGCCCCGAACCCGACCUCACGUCCUGGGAGUUUGUCGAGCAGCCCGAGAGGCCCCUGAAGCAGCCCAUCCAGGCCCAGCCGCCCGCGGCCUCUCAGGACGUCUCGACCGUAAUUCGCGGCUCGCAGACGCCCAACCUCACCGCACUCGUGCACGCCAUGAUGAAGACCAACUCGUUCCUCAUAGCGGGCGUCGUCGGCCUGUUGGCCAUGGUGCUGCCCAUGCCGUCUUUCCCCAGUGGCUUUGUCGUCGGCUGCGUCGUGUGCUUCUUCGCCUUCAGCCUGCUGUGGUACCUGCUGGUGCCGACGCAGGAGCGGUUCCCCUUCGAGGUGCCCGACUACAGCAGGAUGGCGCCGCUGAAGGUACCCCGGUACCCCAUGGGCGACUCGAGUCGCCUGGACGCCAACUCGUACGAGGGUUGGAUGUCCCAGCUGCCCUUCGAGAGUGAGUAUCAUAUCGAGACGCACCACAUGAACAACACCCAGUCGGUGCACCUGGUGCUGACCGGGAACACGCUGCGGCUCCGCUGGCCAAAGCACCCGGUGCCCCGCCGAGCCAUGUGGAACGAGAAGCGCCCGGAGCCUGUGUUUGUCAGUCAGCGGCACUUCAGCCUCACCGAUGCCAAGGUCAUGCUGCUUCCAGAAAAACUGGCACGGGACAGACUGUGGAACAAGAAGUACCCGAUUUGCCUUCUGAUCCCGUCCGAGGACCACCACAUGCGCCAGACGCAGAUUGACUCCGGCCAGGCCGACACGAUGACCCGCUUCAACUCCGACGAGGACGCGAACGACACGGUCAAGGACCUCUACGUGAGGGACCCUAACCAUGACGAGGCCGACGCUGCUGCUGCCGCAGCCUCCUCCAAGGACGACCUGACAAGUCCCAAACCUGCCAUGGCUGGCAAGGACUCGAGCCAGGAGAAGGCUGAGGCACAGACGAACGGCUCCGUGUCCAAGGACUCUCAGCAGGCGUGCAUGUCGCCCACGCAGGCCAGGUUGGAGCACGAGGUGCUGUACUUGUUUGCACGGACGUGCCGGGAGAAGGAAGAGUGGUUCCGAAGGUUCCAGCUGGCCAUCGCCCAUGGCGGCAGGAGCUCAAAGGUGAGGCGGAUGCAGUUUGACGACUCGUCCAGCCAGCUGGUCACGUACGAGGCCUACAUUGAGGAGCUACAGCUGCGGCAUCGCGAGCAGCAGUGGCUCCCGUCGUGCCUCGCGAUGCCGAAGAGUUCGGCUGUGGCCUCACUGCUUCCUUCCCCACCGAGCACCGGUUUCUCAGAGGGUAUCAAGUCGGAGACACAGUGGCUGAACAUGCUGGUUGGGCGGCUGUUCUACGACGUCUUCACCCAACACGAGUGGGCUGACGUCGUCAGGCGUCGCAUCCAGAAGAAGCUCAACCGCAUCAAGGUUCCGUUCUUCAUGGAGGAGCUGACGGUGACGGACAUCCACCUUGGCUCGCAAUUGCCGUACAUACGGCGCACCUCGGAGGCCAUGGUGGACAAGCGGGGCGUCUGGGUCGACAUGGACGUCACCUACAACGGGGCCUUCUACAUGACCCUCAGCACCAAGCUCAACCUAAUGCGGCUCAAGCGCUCACAGACUGAGGAGAUGCAGAGCCUUGCCAUAAACCAUGAUGCCUAUGACGACGAGAGUGCCGCUUCCUCAUCGGACGACGAGGCAGCUGGUGCUGACAAGGGGGAGUCGAGCGCCAUCUCUCGAGACCCGAGCUCCGCGACAGGCACGGGCAAGAAGCUGCUGGAGCUGGUGGACAAGAUCGCCCAGUCGCGCUACUUCCAGCAGGCCACCGAGAAUCGCUACAUCAAGCGCAAGAUGGAGGAGGUCUCCAACACGCCCCUCGUGCUCACCGUCGAGAUUAGCCACCUGGUGGGCACGGUGGCCCUCAACAUCCCGCCUCCUCCUACAGACCGCGUCUGGUACGGCUUCCGCACGCUGCCCAAGAUGCAGCUGGUGGCAAGACCCAAGCUUGGAGCCAAGGAGGUCACCAUCGCCCGGGUCACAGAGCGCAUAGAGAAGAUGCUCUUCCUCGAAUUCCAGAGGAUUUUCGUCAUGCCCAACAUGGACGACUUUGUGGUGCCGUUCAUGUUCAGCGACGUCACGGAAUCGUGAGGUGCAUUUUUGCACAGCCCGUCCCCACCAAAAACAAAAAAAAAAAAGAUGGCGAGUGAGAACAGUGGUAGACGAUGGCACUUUUGUCGUCUGCUGCAGCGACACAAUGUCCUUGCAUACUUUGGAGAGGACGUCACCUGCACUCGGAGAUUACGAACUGUUUUGAACCACUUAAUGAUAUUCUAUUGCUUGGUGUUUUAUGUACAUUUUUGCUGCCGUCGCUUUGCACAGUUUUCUUUCUUUUUUUCUUUUUGUACCGACGGCUUUCUUUCUUUGAAUUUUAUAAACACAGAUCUGCGAUCACCAUUGUGUUGAAUUUAGUUUCUUUCAACGCACAUCUCUACUGUAGCUGCAGGAGGAAAAAGUUAUUGCGUUAUCGUUUUUAUUAUUAGUACUUUUUAUUGACAUAACCCUUUCUGCACUCUAGUGUUUCGGAGAUUUCUGCCAUACAAUUUGUUGUUGUACAUGUUUAGGAAAGAGAAAGUUAAGACGGAAUGAGCAUUUGCAUCUGAACAACUGUGAUGUGUUGGCUGCAAAAGUGUAUUUGUUGUGUUCAAGUUUCUUUCUUCAUUGGCUUUGCCUAUUAUGCAGCUUCUUCUUGCAGCUCUUAAUCCACAACCAAAAUGUUAUUCAAACAAUGUUCUUGCUGCAUACUCGGAUAAAAUAAGCAAUUCUUUAGAAGGAACUCUGCUUUCACAGCUCGUGUGGAUAUACAAGAGCUUUCCUGCUAGUUGAGCCAUAUGCUCCUUUCGUUGCAUCUUUUUGAAGACAAUCGGCAAUUUUCGCAAUUGACAACACUCAUGUGCCCAUUACAGAUGAAUGUCGUGUGCGUACUGUUGCAAUUGUUAGCCUUGAUGUCACAGUCUUGUUAGGCUUGAUGUCAAGGUCUUGUUAGGCUUAACAUCAAGGUCUUGUUAGGCUUAACGUCAAGGUCUUGUUAGGCUUAACGUCAAGGUCGUCUUAAGCCUAACAUCUAGGGUUUGUUGAGCUUGACAAGCAAUUUGAGGGCACACGUGGGCGGCCAGGCCUUCCCGUACAAAGUCUUUCAGAACACUUUUAAAGCUUCAUGUUCGCCAGAAAGGUGCCAGAAGUCUUCUGUGAAGUUUAAGUAAACUUGGCACUUGGUCCAACAUGACUGCACUGGAUACGAGAGGAGAAACAGUACAUGGUGAUUGUCCAAAGUAGUAUUACAGGGAGGAACGAAGUUUGCACGGUGAAAGAUUUUUACCACUAGGUUUUUUAAACGGCUGGGAGAAGUGAGCGAAUGAAGUGCGUCUUCCACAAACGUUUCUGAAAGGAAUGCUGUGUGUGUUGCCGUCGCCACGGCAUCGAGUGCGCACAUUGCGUUCUAUUGCAGGUUUCUCAGGUUUAAGUCGCGACAAAGUGAACUUGUUGCCGAUGGCUGCGUGGUUGAGGAUUUCGCCGAAAAUGUAGCAUCAUUUUAAUAUGUACGUCAUCGUUAGUUCUUUUUUUUUCUUGGUGUUGUUUCUGUGAUUUGUAUGUGGUGAUCUUGGGUGUUGUGCAUACUUCAGUGCAACUUGCAACGUCUGGCAAAUAGCAACUUUUUGCGCUACAGCAUCGGUGCUGCACGUGCAGUGUGCAGUGCAUUUUCAAAUACCCUUGCAGCACUCGCUUGCGAGGUGUCGGAUCGGUUGCAUUUUGUGUGUGUGUGUGUGUUUAUUGUGUGAUAAAAUACUCUUCGCAAACCAAGAAAAAAAAAAGCCGAGAUUUAAAGAGAGCGUUUGUCUUUUUUGUAAUGUUAGCCCUGGUGAUCGAUGAUGCUUAGAUGUGGUCCCUGUAUACGUAGCCCAAGAUUCUAUGUGCAUUCCCUACUAUCCAUUAUGAACGAGUUUUCCCGAAAAAAAAAUGUGAGCACUCAAAUUUGUACUUUUCUAUUGAACAUCGAAAUCAGGUUGACGGUGCCACAUGAAAGCUUUGCUGGUGUUGCACUUACAUGUCGCAUGAAGGCUUGUUUUAAGGCAAAAAAGAAAAAAAAGUGCAGAGCUUUUACGUAGGGUUAGGUUUGGUGUACUGUACCCCGUUUUCUUGCAGCACACAUUGACCCUGUCCUCGAGUGCUAACUACAAAUUGUUUCACUAGCAGUAGCAAUUGUAAUUUUUUCAGCUUCAUGAGUAUGAGUGAGUGUUGAGCUCUCAAGAUUUGUCAUCCGGUGUUAAGCUGCAUUGAGUUAAGGUUGAUAUCUGUUUGCACUGUACCAGAAACAAAUCAGCACGGUGUGGUGUGUCGUUGAUGCAACUGAUGACGCCCGAGAUUAACGUAUCUUGAUGGUGGUGCAUUCCUUAUAUAAGCAGUAGUACCCUGCUCAGUUGUCUGUUUCGUUGUAGCCUAGUGCACUUUUGUGCAUGGUUAGAAAGUGCACCUAUUCGUUUAAGCCCUGUCAAGACAAACGGAAUAUAUAGUUUCCUUUCAAUGGAUCUUGACAGAAGGAUUGAUGUCAGUAGAGGAAGAUGUGUAUUUAUAUUUAAUAUAUAGUGUGUGUUUUCUCCUGCUUGUUCUAAGUGUGCUGUACUUUAUUUUUUUUUUUUUUUUGUGCUUGUGGCUCAAAGCAAGGCCACGUAGGUCUCUAUUUUGUUUCUCUGCUGCCCGGAUCACACUUGCAGCCUUCGUCAAAAGUGUAUGGGCCACAAUAUGUGCAGCAGAGAUUAAUCCUUGGCUGCAGUUCAUGGGCCUGCUGUUCCUUGCCCCACUGCACAAAAGCUAGAGAGAUUGAUGCAAAAAUCUUGUUUUUCUCCUUGAGAGCUCUGGGGAGUUUUAAAGCCCAGCUGCAGUUUCGAUCUUUGUGGUGUGGCCUUGACAACUUUGACGAGGGCUAUGCACACACCAGAUCUGUUAACAGAAAUAUGCAAGCGCAUGGCUGACAGCGGGCCGGUGUCGUCUGCUGAUAACCACGGGCACUGUCGGCGAUGUUGUGAGCAUGUGGUGCAGAAGUCGGGUGCCCACUUUUGAGCAUCCAUGGCUAGAGCCAGCAGACCUGCUUGAUCAGGACAGUCGAGCCGGCGAUUGCCAGCAGGCAGUGCCAAUGGUACUGUCGACCACAUGCUCGCGUGUUUCUAGUACCAGAUCUGGGCUCUCUGCAUCGCCGGAUGUUGGAGGUGGUUUAAGGGAGUGUACUGUGGAGUGAGAUAUCUUUAUUUUUAUUUAUUUUUUCUGAUCCAGGUUACUGAGGUUGUCUGGCGAGAUGUAUGCCAUGUUGUUCCGUCCGAAGCUCAUGAGGCUGUUGGCACAAGUGCGGCUUUGUAUUGAAUGCAUUCCUUUUCGCUGCAGCCGUGUUUAUUCUUGGUUGCAGCUCAUUAGGCUGACCUUUGGCCACUCGGGCAGCCGUGUAGAACAAUCCUCUGGCAAGUCUCUGUUCGUGGAAACAGUGCCGUCGGGGCGCACUUAGAACUUAGACUUCAGCCUGCCCCUAAAUUUGCUUGUGUACUUUUCUGUCUCGAAGAUAUCCGCAGCAUCCUUUCUGUCCGCACAGACAGCUACCUAGCUGUGUCAUUUGCUUUGCCCGAUUUUUUUUUUUCUCUCUAUUUGCCUAAAGCUUCACGUUGCACACACUUGAAAAGGUGGAGCACAUAUACAGUCAACAUCGAAAGUUUUCGGACCGUGAAAUCUAACACAAUGUUGAAUUCCCGAGCAGUUCGUGGCCGUACCCAGGAAAACCGUAAAAAUACUUUGUUGCCUACAGAUACUAGUACAGUUGAGCCUUGUUAUAACACAGAUAUAACGAAUCAUCAGAUAUAACAAUAUAAAUUAUAUUUUUUCUCGCUGAUUUCAGUGUGUAAGGAAUAUGUGCUUAACGAAUAUUUGAUAAAUCUCAAGUACCCUAGUGUCAGAUGCAACUUCAUUAUAAGAAAAGUUGACUGUAUAUGAUGAAAUUUCAAAUACCAGGCUAUGUACCCAAGCCAUGGAAACAGCUAUUAAUUUUUUCUCAGAUCCCACUGCCCAUAAGCUUCUGAUGCCGAUUGUACAUAAAGCUAAGGAACUGCUUGUGUCCGUGAAAAAUAUUUCGCCUGUAAUGCCGAAAGAAAAUCGAGCUAUACGAAUUGCAGAAUUUCUUUCCAAAUCUUCUCCUGUGCUAUCUUGAAGUCUUCCUUUACCGAUGGCUUCUAAGUAGUGUGGCACAGACCACGUGGUUUAUAUAUAAAGCAGAGCAUAACGUAUGGCAGAAGUUCAGAUUGAAAUGGAUAACGUUCGUUUAGAUAAGUUUAGAUGUGGCACUAAGGAAAGGCUCAACUUGCAUUUUCACUGUAAACUGUUUUGACUUGCGGAAGCAACCGAACGUGUGAGGUCACUUUUAAGCAGCUCAACCAUUCGCUCUCCCCUUCCACACACUGAAUCCACGAGUGGCCACUGUCCUCAUCUCAAUCUAUGGUUUUUAGAACUUUGUUUUUCUUUUUUUUUUUUCUUUUUUGCUCUUGGCAUUAUAUUCUGUCCUCCUAGUCUGUACGGUGCUUAAAACUCGUUAUAUCUUGGUGCAAUGUAGAAAAGAGAUCCUGCAUUAUUUUUAGUGAAGUAUGUAUAUGUAUACCCGUAUGUUUGCAUCCCAGCCUGUGGCAUGUUCUAGUCUGUCUACUAUGGAUGUCUCUCUGAGCAGGUAUAGGGGGGGUGAUUGCAUGGCAAACAGCAGAGCGCGCACUGUUUUUUGCUUGGCACAGGAAGUCGGCACAUGCACUUGUCAUAUCAUUUAUUAAAACAAUCGAAAGUUCUGUA